AUGAGCGAAUAUUUAGGGAAUAGAGAUAAAAAUGGAAGUUAUGAACAAAAUAGCCAAAAAAACAAAAAGGGAGAUCAGAGCAUUUUUGAUAUAGAACCUGAUAAACAUGAACAGUUAAAUUCCAAUGUAUUUUUAAAAGAUGUAAAUAAAAAUAUAGAAAAUAAUUCAUUAAUAGAUAAUCAAAUUGAUAUAAAUAAUUGUAAUAUCGAAUUUAAUAAAAAUAUACCCAUAAUUAUUCAAAAUGAAAAUAUUCAAUUAUGUAAUAAUAACAAAGUAGAUAAGAACAAUGAUGAUGAAAUAGUAGAAAAUAAGAAACGUGAGUCUGAAAAUGUAAAUACAUUUUUAUCUACUGAAAAAGACAUAGAAUCUAUUUUUGAUAAUUAUUCAAGUUCUAAUGAUGAAAAAAUUGGAAUAAAUAAAAUAAGUCAAUAUAAAAAUUAUGAUGAAAUUUGUAAUUUAAGUGAUAAUAAUGAGGAAAUAUUAAGUGAUCAAAAUAAUCGAGAAUGUGAAGAAGGAACUACAUUUGAUAAAAAUAAUUGUCAAGUUGUUGUAAGGAUUCGACCAAAAAAAAAAGGAGAAAAAUUUUGUGAAGAUUUGGGAAAAAAUGUAAAUUGUAAUGAUGAAAAAAAUAUAAAAUAUAAUAAUAAUUGUAUAUGUAUAAAUAAUCAAAAAUUUUUAUUUGAUAAAGUAUUUAAAGAAGAAAGUCAACAAGAAGAUGUUUAUUCAUAUUUGUCUGAUAAAUUUUUAGAAAAUUUAUUUGAUGGUUAUAAUUGUACAAUAUUUGCUUAUGGGCAAACUGGGUCAGGUAAAACAUAUACUAUGGGAUUUGAUUAUAUAAAUAAAGUAACAGAAAAUAUUGGUAUUUUGCCAAGAUUUUUAAAUGAUAUAUUUAAUAUGAUUGAUAAAAAACAAAAAACAAAUAAUGUAACUUUUGAUACAUCAUGUACAUAUAUUGAAAUAUAUAACGAAGAAAUAAUAGAUUUGAUCGAUUUUUCUGAAGAAGAUUAUGAUGAAAAAAUUGGAAAUAAAUGUAAUACUUCAACUAUUGGUACUUUUAUUAAUAAUAAGGAUUUAAAAAUAAAUAAUAAAAAAAAAAAUAAUAAUAAAAAAAUAAAUAAAAAUAUAUCAAUAAGAGAAGAUAUAAAUAAAAAGGAAAUAAUUUUGAUGGGGGUUAAAACUGCUAAAGUUUCAAAUGUAGAUGAUUCAUUUGCAAUUUUACAUAAAGGAAAUUUAUUAAGAACAACAGAAAGAACAUUUAUGAAUGAUAAAUCGAGUAGAUCACAUGCAAUUUUUACAAUUAAUUUAAUUCAAAAAAAAAAAGUAGUAGUAGAAAAUGGAGUAACAAAUGAAAUAAAUGUUAGUGGAGAUGUAAAAAAUGGAAAAAAUGGAAAAAAGGUAAAUCAACGAAUCAAUAAUGAUAUAAAAGAUUCUACUAAUGCAUCUUUGAAUGAACGAGUAAUGACCACAUCUGAAUCAAAUAAUGCUAAUAAAAUAGAAGAAAAUGAAAAAAAAGAAGAAAUAAUUUGUUCUAAACUUCAUUUUGUUGAUUUAGCAGGAAGUGAAAGAGCAAAAAGAACUGAAACAAAAGGAAACAGAUUGAAAGAAGCAAUCAAUAUUAAUUAUGGUUUAUUGUCAUUAAGUAAUGUUAUUUAUGGUUUGUCUAGUAAAAAAAAAGUUCAACAUAUACCAUAUAGAAAUUCAAAAUUAACAAGAAUAUUACAAGAUUCAUUAGGAGGAAAUAGUAAAACUAUUAUGAUUGCAUGUAUAAGUAUCGAACCUUCGGAUUUUUAUGAAACUUUUAGUACAGUUAAAUAUGCGGCAAGAACAAAAAAAAUAAAAAAUAACCCAAUAAUAAAUUAUGAUAUAAAUAAUUUAAUAAUUAAUGAUUUGAGAAAACAACUAUUUAAUUUAAAUUUAGAAUUAAAAAAAUAUAAAGUUGAAUGUAAAGACAAAUACAAUUUUGCUGAUGAUAAAAAAUUAAAAGAAUUAUCUGAUCAAAAUUGUAUACUUUUAAAAAAAAUUAAAAAUUUAAAUAUUAAAAGAAAAAAGUUAAUGUGUUUAAUAUUUUAUUAUAUAUCCUUAAUACGAAAAAGUUAUGUCAAUCGUGUUAAUUCUCCUACUUGUUCUACCAAAGAUCCAGAAUGUUGCAUUUCUCCAAAAUCGGUUAACAUAGAAAAUGAUAAAAAAUAUUUUGAUAUAAUUCCUUCCACCAAUUCUGAAGUAUUAUCUAUUACAAAUAUUCACAAAAAUGAUAAAAUCUAUAAUUUAAAUUCUAUAGAAAACAGCAAAAUAUGUUGUCAAAGUAAUUAUUUAGAUAAUAUAAAUUGUAAAAAGGAAGAUAAUAAUGAGAUGACAAACAAUAUAAUCCCUUAUAAAAAAAACAAACAAACUGACCUCGAAUUUGUAAAUGAAGUUUUACCAGAAAAUGAUUCUACAAUAAAGAGAAUCAUAAGUAGUACUGAUAAUGGUGUUGAAAAAAAUGAGAAGGAAGAGGAAUCAAUAAAAUUAAAUAAAGUUUGUGGAAUGUGUGAAAAGAUUAAUAUAAUAGAAGGAAAUGAAGAGAGUAACGAUUUUGAUUUUAGCUUUUUGGAAAAUAAAUAUUUAUUUUUAAAUUUAGAAAAAGAUAAAAAAUAUGUAGAAGAUAUUUUUAGACAAUAUGAGUUAAAUAAAUUUAAUGAAAAAAAAUUAAAUGAUCUAAAUAAAAAAUAUAUUAAUAUUUUUGAAAAAAAUAAAGGAUAUGAAAAAAAAAUUAAUGAACUAAAUAAAAUUAUUAAAAAAAUGAAAAAAGGUUCAAAAGUUAAAUUAAAUGAAAAAUAUAAUAAAGGAAAAGGUGUGAAAUCUGGCAAAGAUUCUCAAAGUAAAAAUUGUUACAAAUUUUUUUUUUCCAAAAAGGAUAAUGAUAAAAAAAAAAUGACAAAAAAAAAAAUAAAAAAAAAUUACAACAAUAAUAACAGACAUAAUAUUGAUGAGGAUACUGGAAAAUCAAUCAAUUCUUUGAACAAACUUAAAAGUGUAUAUAAUUUAUUUUGGGGUGGUAAAAUUCGGAAGGGUUAUUAUAGCGAGAUUGAAUUAGAAAGAGAGAUAAAAAAUAAAAUUAAACGAAAAAAAACAGAAAAAGAAAUAAGGGAAUGUUAUACAGAUAUAGAUAUAAGUAGAAAUACCAAAAAUAAUACAGCUUUUGUGGAAUAUGUAAUGAAUUAUUUAAAUGGAAAUAAAAAUGAAAAAGAUUGGUGUUUUCAAGUUUUAAGGGAAUAUAAAAAAAGAAAGGAAAUGUUAUCAAAAAUUAAUAAUAGAAAUGGUAAGGAUGACCAAGUGUUGAAAAAUCAGGAUGGAAAUAAAAAUUAUCAUGAUUUUGUCUUUUCAGAUUUAUUUUUUUCAAGUAAUAAUAUUUAUGACGAUUUACUUGAUCAUUCAGAAAAAUUAAAAAAAAAAAUUGACAAAAAAAAGGUAAUAAAAGAGAGAGAAAACAAAAAUGAAACAAAUUUUAAUAAUGAGGAUUAUCAUUAUUAUGAUAAAAACGAAUCCACAGAUAAUGAUGAUGAAAUUUCUGAUAAUUUUGAUUUAAAAUAUUCAAAGGGUUGUAUAGAAAAAUCGUUAAAACAGUUUAAAAAUAGGCAAACAAAAAUAAAACAUAAACAAUUUAGUGGCAGUGAAAAUGAUGAGGAUAGUGAAAAUGAUGAGGGUAGUGAAAAUGAAUCCUAUAGAAGUAUGUAUUCAAAUAGCAGUGGAGAUAUAAAUGUAUCUCCAAAUUUUUUAAAGAAUAAAUUAAAUAAAUUGCAAAAAAUAAUAAAACAAGAUAUUUGCAAAAUCAAACAAGUUAAUAAAGAAAAGAAGGAAUACAAUACCAAAAAUGAGAUACUAACUAAUAGCAUUGUUGAUUUGAAAAAAAAAUUACAAUAUUUACAAAUAAAUAGUAAUAAUAAUAAUAAAAAUUGUAAAAAUAUCGAAUCAAUGAAACAAAAUUUAACAAAAAUAACAAAAGAAAAAGAGAAAAUUCAAAAAAAAUUAAAUGAAAAUGAACAACAAAUAAAACAUUUAAAAGUCGAUAUCAUGAAAAUGAAAAACAACUUUUUAAAAACAAGCACACUUUUAAAAGAAGAGCAAAAAAAACAUAAUAAUAUUAUACAAAAAAAAGAAAAUUUAAUAUCAAAACUACAUGAAAGAGAAGAAAUUUAUAUUAAUAAAUUAAAAAAGAAAGAAGAAAUAAGUAAACAAGCAUAUUCUAAAUUGCUUAAGCGUAAUAAAGAAUUAAUUGAGCAAUUAAAACAAUUGAAAAAAAAACAAAAUAUUCAUGAUAAAGUUGAAAAAAAUGAGAGUAAAAAUGUUAAUAUCAUUCGAAAUAUUACGAAUAAUAAACAUAAAAAAAAAAUAAAAAAAAAUGACCAAAUUAUUGAAGAAAAGACAGAAAAUUUAAUAGAUGAAUCAAAUUUAAUAGAUGAAUCGAAUUUAAUAGAUGAAUCAAAUUUAGUUGAUGAGGCAAAUAUUGUACCAAUUAACAUAAAUGAAAAAAUAAAAAAUGAAAUAAAUAUAAAUACUGAUGUGGAAUAUGAUACUGAAAGUGAUAAGAAUAAUUUAGAUCUUAAUGGAGAAUGGGAAAUUUCAACAAUAGAUAGUAUUUUUUCUGAUUGUAUAAAUUCAGCAUGUAAAAAUUCUGAUAUUUCAGGAUUUCUGAAAAAGAAAAACAACAGUUUAGCUCAAUCGAUAAAUAAGAUUAAAGAUGAAGAAUAUGUGUUUCAGAAUAUUUUAAAAAAUGAUAUAAAAAAAAAUAAAUUUUUAAAAGAUUUUUUAAAAAAAAAAAAUAUAAAAAAAAAAAUAUCACCUAUUAGAAUAAAAUUAGAAAAAGAAAAAUUUAUGAAUAAAAAUGUAUCCAAAAUAUUGCAAGCAUUAUAUGUGAAAAGACAAAAUGAAGGAGAAGAUAAUGAGAAAAAUGAAAUAAUAAAUAGACAAAAUUAUGAAUCAAUAAAUUUGGUAAUAAACACAGGAGAAAAAAAUAAAGAAAUUGAAAAGUCACUAACAAACAAAUUUUAUGAAGAAAAAAUUAAUGAAGAUGUUUUAUAUUAUGAAGAAAAAUUAAAAGAAUCCAAUGAAAAUAUAAAAAAUUUAAAAAAAAAUUUGAUUAAAAAAAAAGAAGAAAUGAUGUUACAAAAAGUUGUAAAAGAUUUAUUAAAAAAAUUAUGUUAUAAUUAUAAAAAAAGGAAAGAAAAUGAAAAAAAAGUAAAUUCAUUAAAAAAAUUUAUUUAUUCAGAAAAUUUAUUUAUAUCAAAAAUUUAUAAUAAUUUUGUUUUUACAAAUGAUUUGUUAUUGAAUAAUUCUACUAUGCCACCACCUGAUCAACUUUUAAAAAAAAAUAAUUAUUUUUCUCAAUUUUAUUCAAAAAAAUUGUCUAUAGAAAAUAUAAAAUAUGAUGAUCAUUUUAAAAAUCAUAAAAAUUAUGAAAUUCUUAAACAAGGAAAAAAUAUUCUCAAUUCCAGCUUUUGUGAAGGUACAGAAAAUAGCACACAUUUUAAUCCUAACAAUACUGCAUAUUUAUAUAAGACAAAUAAUUUAGAUAAUGAAUUUUUGGAAAACCCAAUCUCAAAAUAUAAGAGAAGAAAUACAUAUAGUUUAUACAAAGAAAUGGGUACAAAUUAUGAACAAAAUAAUAAUGAAAUAAAUUUAAAAAAAAGAAGUAAUAAAUCAAGAUUAAUGGAAAAUAUUUACUUAGAUCAUUGUAGCAAAAAAAGGAUGAUUUUAUCAAGUUUUACUAACCCUAAUAUAUUAAAUGAAAAUAAUCAAAAAUCUUCAAAUAAUUUACAUGAUAUGGAUAAACUAAAUAUGGAGGAAAAUAACAAUCGUUUUGUAAACCCCAAUUUAGAUUAUAUUGGAUAUGAAAAUAUAAAAAGUUCGGAUCCGAUAAAUUAUGAAAAUAAUAUUGAUACACAAGUUGAGAUAUCCAAUAAGCGAAUUGUUAAUUUGAUAAAUAAAAAAAUAGACCAAAAAAAAUCUGAAAAUUUUAUAAAUUAUUGUGAAAAUAAUAAGGAAUGUAUAAAAAAAUUAGGGGAAAAAAAUAAUUAUCCAGGAUUAAAAGUCUUAUUUGAUAUGCCCUUAAAUUCUUAUAUUAAACGUAAGUCAAUAGAUAAUUGCUAUAUAUUAUAUUCUGAUAAAAAUGAAGAAAAAGAUGAAAAUUGUAGCGAAAUAGUGAAUAAUUUGGUGACACAAAAUUGUACAGAAAAUAUGUCUCAAUUUAUUUCUUCAAACAAUAAAAAUAAAAAAGAAGAUGUUACAUAUUAUGAAACGGUAAAUAAACCAUCCAUUAGUUUUAUCGAAGAUCCUGAGAAAAUGGAAAACCCAAAUAGAAUUAAUCUGACGGGGCAUACAGAGGACAAUAUAAAUAAUGAGGGCAAUAUAAAUAAUGAGGAUAAUAUAAAUAAUGAGGAUAAUAUAAAUGAUGAGGAUAAUAUAAAUAAUGAUGACAAUAUAAAUGAUGAGAGUGAGAUAUAUGGAAUUAUAAACAAACCAGAAAUAAGCAAAAUUAAAAAAAAUAUAAGCAAGAUUUGUACAAUGGUUCCCAAAAAAUUAAAAAAUAAUGGGAAUAAUAAAAAUAUGUGUAAAGAAAUGGAAAAAAAAUGUGACAGUAAUUUAGUAAAAGAAAAUGUUACAAAAGAUUCUACAGAAACAAUAAAUGCAAAACUUGUUAAUAAUAAUGAUAAGUUAAAAAAUAGUUUGAUGGUUGAUGGAAAAGAUAAAAAAACAAAAAAUCGAUCAAUAAAUUUAAAAACAAAAAUAAGAAAAAUAGAAACAAACAAUUCUAUCCCAUCUAAAGGACAAACUAUAGAUGAAGAAAAAAAAAGAACAAGUAAUAAUAAAAAUGGAAAAAAUAACAAAAAUUUAAUGAUAAAUGAUGAAGAAAAUAAUUUAUGUAACCCAACAAAAUGUAUUGAACAAAUUAUAGAUAAAAAUAAAGGAAACGAAAUGAACAAUAAAAAUUGUAUUGGUAUUGAAACAGAACAAAAUAAUUCAUUUAAUUGUGAAAUAGAUAAAGAAUAUUUAAAACAGAUGGAAAAAAUACACGAAGAAAGUAUUAAUAUAUUUAAAAAUAAAAUAAAAGAUAUAACAACUAUUAAAGUUGAUACAUUAAGAAAUAUUAAUAAUACAGAAGGAAAAUCUACUAAUUGCAUAUAUGGAAAUAAUAGUAAUAUAUAUAAUCGAGGGAAUAAUAUUUCCUAUGAAAAUUAUAACUAUUAUGAAAAUUUAAAUACUGGUGGAGACAGCUACAAUAAUUUAGUAUUAGAAAAAAGCUACAAAAAUAUGUGCAUAAAAAAUUGUCAUAAAUAUGGAGUAAGUGGUUUAUGUGUAAAGGAAACAAACAAUAACACAUUACAAUUUUUAAGUAGCUCAUUAAAUAGUAUUAAAUUAUGGGAUAAUAAAAAAGAGAUAUGGAAUUAUGAGCAUAUAAAUAUAAAAAAUGAAAAAAGUACAUUUAUAAAUAGCUUAAUUAUAUCUUUUCAAAAUAAUUGUUUUUUUGCUGGUAUUAAUAGUUAUGUACAUUUAUUUGAUAUUAGAAUAAGUCCAAAAUUUUUACAAAAAUAUUAUUAUAGUGAUAAAAAUGAUGGAAGUUUAUUAAUUUCUCUUUUAAAUGAUAGAUCUAAUUAUAUCCCUUUUAUAUUGCACCAUGGAAUUCCAAACGGUGCAGUAUCGGACCCAACAUUGUUAAGCAACCGAAAUGGACUAAUUGAUGAGCCUGAUACUUUAUCUUUUCCUAAUGAGGGAUCAGACAAUGGAAAUGAUAAUGGAAAUAUUAAAAAUAAUCAAACUAAUAAUUUAAAUGAAAAUGAGACAUACGAUAGACAAUAUAAUAAUAGAGAAAAUUGUGAAAAUGGAAAUAUUGCAAGUCAUAACUAUAUAUCUAAUAUUGGAGAUAAAAACUCAAAAGAUAAACUAAAAAUAAUAAAAGAGGUAGAUAAUUUUCAAUCCGAAUAUUGCAUAUGUGCAUGUGGAAAUGAAAAUUUUAUAAAAGUUUUUGAUAUAAGAAAAAACGGUGAUAAUAUGUGGCUAGCUAAAAUACCGGUGACAAAUAAAAUCGAAUAUAUAACGCAUAUACCAAUGAAAAAAAAUACAAAAAACAAUUUAAAAAAUACAAAUAUAUUAAAAAAUAUUAUAAUAGCAAGCCGAGAUAAAACUGUAAAAAUAUGGAAAAAGGGAUGGGUAUCUUUUUAUCCACCAUCUUAUGAUUGGUGUACAUCCCUUUCUUAUUUUCCUCUUACAGAUUUGAUACAAAAUAAAAAUCACUCAUACAAUAUUGAUGAAAAUAAAAACAUUUUUUCGAAUUAUGAUUCAUUAGUUGUAUCUGGAAGUAGGGAUUCUCAUCUUCGUUUUUGGCUUUAUUCAACAGAUGGGGCAUCAAAUGAAUUUAAUAAAUUUAUGAAAAUAAUUAAAAAUGCCCACAAAGUUGAUAUAACAUGUGUGUCAAAAUAUCAAGGAAAUAACUUUAUUACAACGGACAGAGACGGAUUUAUUCAAAUGUGGGACUGUAAUAUUUUCUUUAAGGAAACAGACAAAUUUCUAGUGGGGAUGGAUCUACAUAACACAUGCAUGAACCUUAUGGUUAAUAAAAUUGGAAAAAUGUUCAGACAUUCCACAAGUCCUAUCAAUAAAAUUGCCUAUCAUGAAAAUACAUUUUUGACAGCAUCCAAUGAUGGAUCAAUUAAAAUUUUUUAUGAGAAAUAA